UCCACAGCUGUCACCCAACACAGAUAUCAUAAUACAGAAAAAUCCUAUCAAAAUUUUAUCGUGUUUAAAAAUUUCGUUGUUCCAAAAGAUGGCAAACAAUUUGGAAGAGUUCAUUAUACUGACCCCGCUGACAUGUGUGGAGCAGUGCAAUGCUCUCAUGGAGGCCACAACAGCGAAGCCCAAGCCCUGCUACCUAUUCAUCUCGCUCUUUGGCGUCUACUGUGGGCUGGUUGCCUAUCGUUCAUAUCGCAGCUAUUUGGCAAACAUUGCGAGAUCUCAGGAGCCAGUGCCCAGGCCAGUAGAUGUGGUCUCAGCUUUGCCAGCGGCGUUCGUGUCUGAGCUGGGGGAGCUGCCACCCCGACUGAUGUUUGAGUCCCUGAGCUUUACAGACAACAGCUGGUGCUAUUACGGUGAGCUGACUACACCCAGCAUGGAUCGCGGAAGGACAACUGAGAUAAAGGAUAAUGAACAAGAUGCCAACAAGCCAUCGACAUCAAAAUCAGUCAUAAAGCUUGGGGCAAUUGCACAUAAAACUGGUGAUGAGAAAUAGACAGGGAAACGCACCAAAUUUGCUUUCCUGUCCUAUUUUGACGACCUGGUUGAAUGGCAAAAUCUUGACGCCCUCCUUAAAGCCAGUGGUCUCCGUCUUGUGCAGCUGGUCCUCCAUGUAGAUGAUGGUGUUCACAUUGGGGCACUGGGCCAGCAGGGUCUUGAACUUGGGCAGCAAAUCGUGCGAGGUGAUAACCGUGGUGACUUCCGUUUCGCUGAUGCCUGCCAAAAUAUAAUAAUAGUUUUCUUAUAUUAUUACACGAAAAUGGUGAAAUAAAAAAUGGGCCAUGUA